AUGACGAGCUUAGGCGAAAAACACAAAGAGAGGAGUGUCAGUGUGCUGGGCACACUCGGGCUCAAGAAUGAGGGCGGACCUCGUGAUGUACAAGAAGGUGUGAUGGCUCAAAAUGCAGACAAUCUUCAGCGUCAUCUGGGAAAUCGUCAGAUUCAGCUCAUCGCCAUUGGCGGCUCUAUUGGCACGGCCCUUUUCGUGAGCAUCGGCACGGGUCUUUACAAUGGUGGGCCUGGCAGCUUGUUUAUCGCGUUUACCGUCCAAAGUAUUUUUUUGGCUAUGGUGAAUAACUGCAUCGCUGAGAUGACCACUGCAUUCCCUGUCAGCGGUGGGUUCAUUCGCUUGGCCGGAAAAUGGGUCGACGAUGCUCUUGGGUUCAUGGUUGGUUGGAACUUUUUCUUCUAUGAGGCUCUUUUGAUUCCUUUUGAAAUCUCAGCUUUCACCCUUGUGGUGUCUUUCUGGAGUUCGACGGUUACUGAGCCCGGCCCAGUUGCGGGACUCUGCGCUGGAAUUAUAAUCGUCUAUGGAUUUCUUAAUAUUCUGGCCGUGAAGGCUUACGGUGAAGCCGAGUUUUGGUUGUCCAGUGGAAAGGUCAUUCUGAUUUUCUCCCUGUUCUUCUUUACCUUCAUCACAAUGGUUGGUGGAAACCCGGCCCAUGAUGCUUACGGUUUCCGCCACUGGAACAGCCCAGGCUCUUUCAUGGAGUAUCUGGAUGGCGGCGCCCUUGGUCGUUUCGAAGGCUUUUUAGGGUCCCUCUGGUCGGCCUGCUUUGCAGUUGUGGGCCCUGAGUACAUAUCCAUGGUCGCAGCUGAAGCAAAGCGUCCCCGCGUUUAUAUCAAGAAUGCGUUCAAGACGGUCUAUAUUCGAUUCGGUCUUUUCUUCAUCGGUGGCGCAUUGGCUGUAGGCAUUGUUUGCGCUGCAAAUGACCCAGAACUGGAGAAGGUGGUACUGGGCGGUUCGUCUGGUUCGGCCUCGGCCUCGCCAUAUGUCAUUGGCAUGCGAAACCUGGGUAUUUCAAUUUUCCCUUCGAUCAUCAACGCUCUCCUCUUGACCUCGAUCUUCUCUGCUGGAAAUACCUAUACUUACUGUGCUAUCCGUACUCUGUAUGGCCUGGCGCUAGAAGGAAGAGCGCCCAGAGUUCUCACCCGCACUACACGCAACGGUGUUCCCAUAUAUUGCUUCAUGAUCGUGAUGAUCUUCCCCAUGCUCUCCUUUUUGCAAUGUUCCAGCAGUUCGUCAGUCGUCAUCACCUGGUUUGCCAGUCUCGUUACUGCUGGAGGGCUCAUCAAUUAUAUCGUCAUCUCUCUGACGUACAUCUUCUUCCACCGCGCUUGCAAGGCGCAAGGCAUCGACCGCAGAUCCUUCUCAUAUUUCGGAUGGCUCCAACCAUACUGUGCCUACAUGGGAUUAGUUUGGAUGAUUAUUGUGACCAUCGUCUACGGAUAUCCUGCAUAUAAGCCCUGGUCGGUCUCCAAAUUCUGGUCGAACUAUACCAUGCAAAUCGUCAUCCCUCCUCUCUUUAUUAUCUGGAAAGUCAUCAAGAAAACCAAGUUUGUCAAGGCUCACGAGGCGGACCUUGUCUGGGAACGGCCCUUGAUCGACGCCUAUGAGGACAGCUUCCUGGACCCACCUUCUAGCUUCUGGAGAGAAAUGGGCCAGAUGGUUGGUAUUGGACGUCACAAAGGUGGCGAUGAAAGGCGAUCGAAUUCAGUCGCUCAGCCUCGGGAGUCCGUUGAUGCAUCUUCCGCCUGA